AGAUUGUUGAAAGAUGGCGGCAGUUCUUAACUUGCCUGUUCCUGUUAUUAUUGUGUGAAAACGUAUACUUUUCUCAAAUCUUUGCAUAAGCCAAAAAUAUUUUAUUUUCAUGCAAAUUAUAAAACUAUACGGCUAAUUCUUACAAUUAUCUAUUUUUAACUUAAUUAAAAUUAUGUCCAUGCCAUAACUCUGACCUAAGUCUCUGCUGUUUGACUCCAGUUUGAGUGAAGUUGUAAGUAAGUAACUGAAACUGUUAUUAAUUAUUUGUUGUGAUUGUGAGUGUACAAUAUGUACUAUAUACAAAUUUGGUAAUUUCAGCCGCUAUUUGAAAAUCUUUUUAUUUUUAGGUUUGAAGCGUUGAAGGGCUAUUUAACCAGUUAUUCAUUAUUUCUUGAUAUGAUUAGACACAAAACUGGUACAGUACGCCUUACUAACUACUAACUCAUUUUGUUUCUAUUAUAUAGUAGACACUGAAUGAUAAUUUAGACUAUUUAUGGUUAGACUCCAUCCUCAUUAUUGACUUAUUCCAGCCGUAGCAAACCUUAUAUCUUAAUUAUAAAAAUACCAAUAGCUUACAAUAACAAUUAACUACCCGGUAUUUCAUUUUGAAAACUAUCAAGUAACAAAAGAAAAAAACUACUCAGUCUCUAACUCCAUUCAGUAGCUACAAAAUAUUUCUACAGCACAGUAUUUAAAAUCACAUACAUUCUUACACUUUUAUACAUAUAAAUAAAAUAAUUUUCAAUAUUUAUGGAAAAAGUAUUUCUUUGUUUUUUUAACAAGAUUUGGGCUUUUUUUUUUUUGCAGCCAGAUUGACGCUCCUAAUAUAAACAUUUUGUUUUAAAUGUUGAGGGUAUUGUUUACCACAUGAAUUGUGAAAGAUUACUGUUAUGUCUGUGGCCAUAAACAUUUUAUUUUGCUGUUUUUUAUGUUGUUAAUAAUAUUUGGGGAUGCAAAUGUGUUCACUUUUAUUUAAAUCACAUUCUGAUUCUCAUCCCACAUAUUUUUUUUUCUUGUGAUUAAUCAAUCAAGGUUUUCAAUGCUCCUGAUUUUUCAUGUCUAAAUUAUCAAUUUGUUCAAUGUCUUACUGUCCUAAUAAUAACAAUUAUUUCUUUUUAACUGCAUAAGCAUUUUGAGAUGUUUUUUUUCAUAAGGGAUAGAAAUAUAAUCUUUAUCAUGUUGUCUUAAGAAAAAAAUCAAAGUGAAACUUUAUAUUUGAACUAAGAACUGUAACUCUUCACAGUCUUUACCUUUCUUAUUUUCGUGUUAAAAUUGUAACAUUAAUUUUUGUGAAUAUUUCAAAAUCUAACAUUUGAAAAAGCAAAAAUGAAUUAAGAAUUUUGUUCUCUUUAGGUAAGCACUGUGUAUGGUCAAGUAAAAGCAAUGAGUAAAGUAGGUCAAAACACUCAUUCAAAAAAAAUGAAACAAGACUUGCAGGCAGAACUCAACACUGUUCUGUCUGUGCAAGCAGAAAAAAUCAGACAGCGUCUCAAUAAUGAAAGACAAGCUAUAGCCGAAAAUAUAGAAAUUGCUGUUCCUCAAGUGAAAGGAAUAAGGUAAAUUUAACAUUUAAAGAUUUCAAGGUUCUUACAGUGUUUGAAUUAUGUUGUUGAGAACUUUAUUAAUUCAAUUCAAUACUUCAAUAUACUUGUUCUUUUUAUUAUUUUCCUAGCUUGAUUUUUCCAUUUGAUAUUAAAUCAUCCUAUCCCUAAUUAAAAACUAUUUUAAUUUUUCAUUUUCACAUUUCAAAAGUCAUGAAAUGGUUAGUGGUAUCUUUGUUAUGGACUCUUCAAGCCAUAAUCCUGUAGCAGGUCUAAGUCUUACGCCUAUCUCAAAAGCACGGCAGAGAAGAAGACUUAAGAUUAAAACAGCUCUACCACAUAGACAGACUCAAGUAAGACAUUUUAAUUUAAAUUAGUUAAAAUAUGUUUCCAUCCAUCCUUGUGGCACUAUAGCCCAUGUAGGGCUUUGGCCUGCCUCAUCACUUCCUUCCACUUAGACCUAACUGAUGCAUUUCUUUUCCAUGCUUGGAUUCCCAGCUGCUCUAGUUAUUUUUCUACAUCCAUGUAAGCCUAUGUCUGCCUUUGAGCCGUUUUCCUCUGGGGUUUUGGUGGUUCACCCUCUUCACUCCUCUGUCAUUUGGCAUUCUUUCUAAGUGUCCCGCCCAUCUUAGCCUGCCUUUUUUUAUUUCUGCUACUAGUGUGGGAUCCUGAUAUAGACUAAACAAUUUCUGAUUGGUUCGUAUUUUCCAUCCAUAUUCAUCCUUUGUUGGUCCAUAUAUUUUCCAGCAAACUUUUCUCUCUCAUUUGUUUAAUAGGUUUUCUACCUUUAACAGAAAUUUUAUUUUCUUGAAAUACUUAGAAGUAUAUUAGUAUAAUUCAUUUAAAAAUAAUUUUAUAAAAACCCUCAUUUUUGUAACACCUUUUAUAUUAAAUAAAUAUUUAAGGGAGAAAAUUGAUUUUAAACUAUUGACCACCAUCUGUUGCUUAGCAAAUAUUAUAGCCAUGCAUGUUAAAUGGCUAUUACUUUUCCAGUUAUUUUUUAUGUGGAGACCAAUGGUUAAAUAUACCAUGAAAUCCCAUUGAACUUACUUGACACAACUUUAAACUUUUAACAGUCUACUCACAAGACAAAAACAGCUUAUGAAGGGCAAACUAGGUAUUUUCAAGGCAGCAGUACUGUCAACAUAAAAAAUUACCGUCCUGGAUACACGUGGAGCAUGGGAGGUCGUAUAAAAGAAUUAAGGAUACGGUAACACAUUUACAUCUAAGUAAAUAUGCAAUAAUGCGGUGUGGGGAAUAUUCUCCCAUAAGAUUCUUAAUUUUUUAAAAAAAAGCUAAAUUCUUAAACCAUUUUAACUGCUUUUAAAUGAGAUAAUUUUUUUUUUAUCAAGAGCAUUUUAGUAGUGCUUUAAAAUACUUCACAUAUAUGCCAAGCUUAAUGAAUAUGUAUGACAUCAACAUUUAAUGCAAGAGAAGGCUUGAAAUUCAUCUUAUCACUCAGUACUAUAAUUAAUCUUCAAAGAUGCAUUGUUGAAUUAAGCCUCAAUCUGCUCUCAUUAGGCAUUGCCAAAUAAUGCUUGAAUAUUUGGAGAUCGUAAUUGAUUGCUUACUUAAAAGUUACAUUUCUUAUGAUAAUCUGCCUUUAAUUUUUUAAUAUUUGAAUAUAAUUAAUAUCUGCACAAACAUACAAGUGAAUAGAAACAUAGUAUUUAAUUUGUGCAUUUCAUAAUUUCUGAUUGUUAUAAUAAUAAUUAUUAUUGUUUUCAGUUGCAUAGCAAGGAAACAUAUUUAUAUUUGGCGCAAGAAAGUAUUUGGUCGUGUGCCAUUAGCACUAGCCCAGUAAGUAUUUUGAAUGUUUGGUAAAUUGACUUGUAUUAAUUAUUAUAAGAUAUAAACCAUCUUUCAGAGGGUGCUAAGUCUUUUAAUUUUUUUAAAAUAGCUAAAAUAUUUAUUAAAUACUAUAAGAAAUGUUCUUAUAAAGAAUUUUCUGAAUGUUACAUUUCUUUAGACAACACCAUGAAAUGAGAUUGAUGCAGAAGGCUUUCAAUGAAUGGUAUGACUUCUGGUGGGAGAUUGUCAAAGAAUGGCGUUUAAGUGUACGUGCAGAAUGUCAUUACAGGUCAGCUAAUAUGUAAAUGUCAAAUAUUGAAUUUAAAAUAACGAAAUUAAUUUUUUUAAUGUUAAAAAAUAGUAAACAACUUUUAACAAAGUAAAUAGCUUUAUGUUGCUGGCUCUAGAAUGUAUAUGAUUUACUUAACUAGUUUGAAUUAAUACUGCUGAUAUUACCAGGUACAAGCUUGGUGUACAAAUGUUCCUCAAAUGGAAAGCAUUCAUAGCUUCAAGGAGAUUCAGCAAUGCCAAGGUUGCAUCGGCUUCCAAUUAUUGUAAGGACAUUAAAUAAUAUUACAUGUAUAAAUUAAGAGGGCCAACAAAAUAUUUUUUUAAACUCAUUCAUUUUUAUCUUCUAUUUUGCUAAGUUCCUAAAGCAUAUUAAGUACUUAUCUGAAACUGCAUAGUUUUAAAAUCCUUUUUCUUCUUCACAUAGUUCUAGAAAUAAUUUAAUGAGCUAAUGUAGUUUUCUCAAUACCCGACUGUCUCAAUACCAUUGUAUUUAUCAUAAUCAUUUGAAAAGGAUAUUUGGUGGACAUUUUAUAAUAGGACAUUAAAGAGCCACCUGUCAAAAAUUUGAAACAUGUUGCUGUAAAUUUUACAAUUAUUUUAAAUGCAUGAAUGCUGAAUAAAGCGGGAUAAAACUAGAGACUACUCAGAAGCAGUAACAUUUGUCUAAUAUGCAAGAUCUGAAAGCCACAAAAUAGGAGUUGAUACUUCAGUCCUGCAUUAGCAUUAAAAAAAACUUUUUAGAUAGAAGUAUCAUUAAUAAUAAUAAUAAUAAUAAUAAAGUUUAUUUCAAAAACACGCUUCAUCCCCAAAGGCUCGAAGCGUGGUACAAAGUCAACAAAAAACAAAUCUAUAAUUUACCACAUUUAAAACAAACGCAACACUACAAAAACUAAUUACAAGCAUACAAUGUCAAAGUCUUUCUAGCCAUUUCAACCAUAAGCAACACAGCCAAUAUGCAUUAAUAAGAAAAAUAAUACCAUACAUAACUUUAUUGAAAUACUUUGAUUCAAAACAGAUAAUAGACAUUUACAGAAAAAAGUGUGGGAGGAAUGGAAAAGUUACAUAAAACACAGACACAUAAAGCAACAGAUGAAGAAAAAGAGUGAUGAAUUUAAUUCUACAAAUUUGACAAGGUAAAUAAAUGAUUAUACAUACUUUUGUAAUAGUGUCUUGGAUAAGACUGAAAUGUGAUAAAUAAUAAAAUGAAUUUGUUUUAAAAAUGCUGUGAUUAAACAUUUUUUUAUUAAUUUAGAAAAACUUGGAAAAUCUGGAAGGACAGACAUUCAAAACAUAUUGCUCAAAAAGAAGACAUAACUACAGCAUUACAGUUUUGGUCUUACAGAAUACAGGCACAUGUAAGGAAAUUUAAAAAAUUGAACAUUUUUAUCCUUUAAAAACACCAACAAAUUAUCAAUUUCCAUUUCAAAUAUUUACUUAAUAUUAAAAACAUUUUAUGGUGCUGGUUACCUGACAAUAAUAUUUUAAAAUGUUAUUUAUUUCAGCAUUGGUUAAUAUGGAAAGCAGCAUUUAUUGAACGGCAACAACAACAAAAAAGAUACCUUGAUGCAACUAUUUAUCACAACACUGUUGUGGUCACAAAGUUUUUACAGAAUUGGAAACAAUUUCUUGAACACAGGAGAGCAAAAAAGAAACAAAUAGGUACAAUGGAUUUUUAAAAAAAUUAGCUAAUAUUUUAAAAAAAAUAAACUUAACAUUCUUUAAUAGAAAAUAAUAAUUCACACCAUUUAUAUUUUAAGGUUUUGUGAGGGCUGUAUACCAUGGCAAACUGCAGGAAAGGUAUUUCAAUCACUGGUGCCAGAGGUGGCACCUUAUGCGUUCUUUGCAACAACAUCACUUAAAAAUAGAGUCCCUUUCUCAUACCUUCAGAUGUCGAUGGGUUGUGUGGAGAUGGAUACAGUGUAUCCUUUGUAAAUACCCAGAACAAUUGCAUUUUAAGUAAUUACUGAUAGAUUUUAUUUCAAUUAAAUUUUUUUAAAUGUUGAAAUGAAUUUUUUUCUUAAAGGAACAGUUGUUCUUUAUAGUUGUGUGUAAUAUUAUUUUUCCUUAAUUUAAUUAAGUUGUGGGAAUAAACAGAGAGAUGAGAGUUAAGGAGAAGUUAGCAGACAAUCAUUUCCACCAUCAACUUUUGGUGAGUUAGAAAGGUUGUAACUUAGUACGGUACACUUAAUUAUUUUUUUUUUUGCUUUAACUGAUACUGUAACUCUCUUGUUUAAACCAUUAUUUUUAAAGUAAUAGAGAAAUGAAAGUUGUUGCAUUUCAUAUAAAUAUGUUUCUAUAAUAUUUUUUAAACAAAUUACUGUAAAUGCUAAGGUUACUGUUCAAUGUUGCAUAGUAUUCGCUUUAUACUUUUUUCUUGCCAAUGAAAUCCAUUUAUUUAUGCUUUAUGCGUGACAGAGAAUAGGUGUUGAUGCCUUUCGACUUAAUGUUGUGCACUCACACAUUAAAGUAAUGAGGACACAACUCUCUCAUCAAAUUAGAGUUGUCCAGGUCAGUUACAUGUUUUAGAUCUUAACCCUUAAACUAAUGGGUCACAUAACUUAUUAGUGGUGUAAUAAUGAACUUUAUACAGAGUGAGAAGAUGUAUUUAACUUGACUUAAUUAAUUUAUAAAAGUGUACAUGUUUAAUAAAAAUAAAUGUAUUAUUAGUAUAUGUUUAAUUUUAAGCUGCAACGUGGAGCAUGGGGUAUGUGGAAAUCAGCAUUUGAGGAAAGAGAAGAACUAAAAAUACUUCCACAAACUGAACUGGCCAAAGAACACUUCAAGUAAGUUAUAUAAUUGACAGGGUUUCUCAGGAUAUAGUUAAAUUUGAAACUUACUAAAAUACCUCCAGAACUUAUAAAUAAUUAUUAAAAUUUAAAAAAAAAAGGUAAGUUUGGUUAAAAAAGGUAUUGUUUAUAUCAAGAUCAAUUUAAAUAUUUCAGCACUACAGUCACUCGUAAAUGUUUCUUAGCGUUAAUUGAUUAUACCCAAUGGAGACAGCAUCGAAAGGUUAGUGAGCAAUUUGUGAACAUUGGUUGAUCAUCCUUGUCAUGACUGACAGAUUGAACUAAACCUUUAAAGCAUUUACUGAACAUAAGAUGCAAACACAAAAUAUUUUUCCAUUUAAAUCAGGUUAAUAAGAUUUUAUGCUGCUUGGUUUCAAGUGUAAUGUUAUUUGGAAUCACUUAAAAUACCUUAUUUAUAAUGUGUGUUUAAAAGUAUGCAGAAAAACUUUUGUUGAAUCUUGAUAAUUAAGUCAUGUGUCUAAUUUCUAUUAAUAGAAGCAGUAUGCACAGGCUGAUGCUCAUUUCUAUUUACGUAUCGUGCCUGUAUGCUUUUACCAUAUGCAUCUAUUUGUGGAGUUGGAGAAGACAUGUAGAGAGAACUCUGUCAAGGCUGUUGCUUUCAGAAGGUCAGAGUGUGGUUUAUUCUAAAAGCGUUUUUGUGAUGCAUAGAUUUUGCCUUUGUUUAUAUCCUAAAGAGAAAGCCAUGAUUGAGAGCCUUAAUAUUUUUCACAUUUUACUACAUCAUUUCAAAUAUCUAUCUUAUUUUUAGUGCUUUAUUUACAUUUUAAGUUAUCAUUUCUCAUCAUAAAUUUGAAUACGACAUAUUUGAAUAUUCAAUUAUUUUGUUUACACAUCUGUGUACUUAUAUACAUUAUAAUAAUGCCCUAUGAAAUUGAGCAGUGUUAAGCAUAAAAAUUUUGAAGUUUUAAAAAAAUGAUUGUCUAUUUAUUUUCUUUAGGCAUAACAUGGAGCUGAAAAUUUUUAAGACUUGGGUUACAGCAGCUAAUCAAAGCAGAGAUGAUCGUAUGAUGGAUCGCAUGGUGAGAAAAUGUUUAUUUAAAUUAGAUCAUGUAACGGUGAGAGCAGGCGUGAUCUAAUCCUGUGCUCCUCAAGGUGUUCAGUGUGAGCAGCCGAUAAAGAAUAUUUCCAACCUCUCAAAACAGUCACUGAAUCUACUCUAAAUUAUUGAUUAUGCAUUUAAAAUUCAAAAGAUUUUUAGAAAUUCCUUAGGUAAAGGUAGGAGCUCUUUUGUGCCACGCCAAUUAAAUCACACAUUUAAAAAAAUGAAACUGUCAGUGAGUGUUUUAGUUUUAUUAUUAGGGCUAUUGAAUAUCAUUUUGUUGGCAACCCUUGGUUCAGAGUGUUUCUGUACAUUCUGCAGUAAUAGUAAUCUCUAAAGAGAUAAUUACCUCUGAUCUUUUGUACUAUAAUACAAAUGCUUUAUGAAAUUUUAAGGAAUGAAUAAAUCUUGAAGAAUUUGAUUUAAAAAGUGAGCUUAUUUCCCCAGGCACUUUUACAUAGAGAAUCAGUCAUCUUGCAGAGAAGUUUCACUUUAUGGAAAGAAAGGACAGAAGACAAAGCUCAGGAAAUAAAGAAGAUGUCACAAGUCAAAGAGCAAUAUCUUUGGUCUCUCUGUUACAAGGCAUUUUGUGCAUGGAAGAAGUUAGUGGCUGACGAAAAACUACUGUGAGUUCCACAAUGUGAUUUCUUACUAAAAAUCUUCAUAAAAUACUGUUAUACAAUUUAAAGGAACCCACUAAAGAGAGAAAAAUUAUAAUUGAAGUUUCUAUCUUAAAUGUUUUAUUUGUUUUUAAUUGUUUUCUGCAGUGUCUUACAUGUAAAAAAAGCCUCCCAGCAUCACUAUUUGAAAACAUUACACAAAUCAAUGGAGCAGUGGAAAAAGGUUAGUAAAUAAACUGUUCAUUAUUUAACCACACAUCAGCAAACUAUUGAUGUAAAAUAUAUUCACUGGGGUGUAUAUUUCAUUGUGCAUCCUUUGCUUCACACAUUUGAACAAGGUAAUGUACAUAUUUGUUUUUAUUUUUCAUUCAUGUUAAGCUAAAUAAACUUUUUAAAAAUAUUUUGCUUAACAUUCUAGAUUGGUUUUUUAAUUAAUAUUUUUAAUGAUUUUGUUAUACAGUGGGUAAAUGAGAGAAAAAUAAAAAAGGCUCAAAUACAGAAAGCUGCUAACCAUCUAAAAUUUAAAGUGCUGAAGAAGUGCAUGAGUACCUGGAAGGUGUUUGCAAUUCAAGGCAGAAAGUUUAAGUUAUUAGCUGACGAAAGAUAUAAAAAGUCAUGUUCAAAACUUCUAAGGUAAAUAUAUUUGUAAUUCUUUUUAGAUAUUAUUUUCAUCGCUCUUUAAUUUACAUUUUGAAAUGUACAAAAUUUAACGAUGGUAAUAAAUUUUUAAAAGUUCUGACUUGCGAAAUCUUCAGCUAUUGGGGACAAUAUGAAUAAAACAAGUUUCCAAAAGUAGUCUUAAACAUUUUUAAAUUCAUUUGGCAAUGUUUCUAAACAUUUCAAAUACAUUUUUUGGUUUUAUUGUCCAGUGAAACAAUUUUGAAAUGGAGGAAAGUAUCUUCAAAUCUGGCAUUACAGAGAAAAAAAGAAAAUGCUGCUCAUGUCUAUCACAACAGGGUACUCCUACUACGGGUAAUUAACUUGUAACUUGUUAUUGAGCUAUGUUAUUACUAAGUUUUAAAAAAUUAAUUAUGAAAAUAAAUUGUGGAUUAACAAAUCUCAUAUUGGAUUAUUUUAUAUUCAAUUCAUUGCAGUCAAUGGAGAUUAAAAAAUUUAUUGUACGAUCUUUUUUUUUGACAAUGAAUGCAUAGAUAUGCUUAGCCCAUCACGAAAGUUAUUAAUAGGAUAAACUCUGUAUGAAAAGAAUAACUUUUGUCAUUGCGUCCGUAGAGGAGUACAUGGGUAGUCAGUGAAAUUGCUCACAGAUGGCUCUGCCAACAUGAGAGAAGGUAAUGCUGGGCUCUCCUCAUUCUUUUAUGGUCCACUUCUUCUCGUGGGAGGUACAGUUGAUGGCACAGUUGAUGGCACAGUUGGUGGCACAGUUGGUGGCACAGUUGGUGGCACAGUUUGUGGCACAGUUGAUGGCACAGUUGGUGGCACAGUUGAUGGCACAGUUGGUGGCACAGUUGAUGGCACAGUUGGUGGCAGAGUUGAUGGUACAGUUGAUGGCACAGUUGGUGGCACAGUUGAUGGCACAGUUGGUGGCAGAGUUGAUGGCACAGUAUGUGAUCACGCGCAAGUAGUGAGGACAGCUUUUUAUGUUGUGGAUUUUUAGGAUCUCCUUAACACAGCUGAUCCAAAGUUUGCAUGGUCUUCAUCUGGCCCUGAAACCAGGUGGCCUGCUAUUGGAGGCUUGCAAUGCAUCUUGGUUGACAGGCAUUUUUACCAAGUGGCCAAACCAACUAAAUCACUUUCCAAGACUUUCGAGCCAUGUACUGGCUGAUUGGUACAACACCAACCACUUGUUUCAUUUCAUGGUUCCAAAUGCUGGUUAUGAUGCAGUUAUCUUAUUUCCUGCUUUGGACCUCCAAACGAAGAACCCUCGGGACCCUGUGGGAAAAUGGCGUCAAUCACAAAUGCCAGUGACUUGUCUAGGUAUCAAGACCAGGUUGAGGGACUAUUUCAGGACCAAGUGGGUUGCAUGCUAAUGCCUAGUCCAAGCAAAAGGGGUCUGUGGUGGAAACUGAAGCAUGAACACCAGAGUUUGUUGACCCAGAAGGGAAAUGACCACUCCCAAGUUCGAUCCUACAUUUAAAAAAACAACAAAAAACUUACAUAUCUAUCCUAUAAAUUAUUUUGUUUUGUCUUAAGGUUCUUCAAGAAUGGCAUCAUUACUCUUCCAUUCAUGCCUAUAAACGAUCACAAACAAAUCAGUUGCUAAAUGAAGCAAAGGAACACCUUCAAAAAUGUAAGAAUUUUUCAUAGGUUACUGCAGUUUUGAUGAAACGACACAUUGUUCACACAUUGUAUGCCCUUAUAUUUUUGCUUAUGAUUGUUAUCAAUUCAUUUUUGGACAAUCCUGGUGAAUAUUUGAUUUUUAGCUUUCUCUGCAUCCUCAUGGAUGCAGUCUCUUUAGCAAUUUAUUGUUACGUGUAUUUUUAGUUGUAAAUCAAUAAAAUACUGUCUGUACUUUGGUAACAUCCAAACUGACAAGGAUAUAGCAAACAGGAAAUUAAUUAUUGACUGGACACUGGCUAUUGCAACUGAUAAAGCCAGAAAGCUAGAAUAAUAAUUCAUAAUUUGAAUUCUAUAUUUUCACUGUGAGAAGACACCAACAUUUUUUUAGAAUGAAAAGUAUAUCCAAUUGAGAUAUGCUAAAGUAUUUGUCCUUACUAUCUUCUAGUCAAGCUAAUGGUGUACAUGAAACACUGGAUUCAUGCACACAAAGCCAUGUCAUCAUCACAGCAACAUCUUCAGUUGGCAUUAGCUCAUUUCAACAAAAAAUUGCUGGUAAAAGCCAUGCUGGCCUGGAAACUUUACUGUAGGAUGUUUAUUAGGAAUCAAGUAAGUAUUUAUACAGUAAGCUCCAGUACUGAAACUCCAUCAUCAUUAACAUGUGUGUCCGUUUCAAAAUGUUGCAUAGCUCCAGUCACCCCUUGUUUGUCUUCUUGGUGCCUUCUUUUUAAAUCUCUCGCAGAAAUUUUCUGAACCCUUUUCAAACUUGGUUCCUUUUCAAGCCCACUUACUCAGGAGUGAAAAUGAUAACCGAAUAUGAAAACUUUUGCCUCCGAGAGACAUAUAUCCAAGAACUUCAAAAAAACAUUUUCUGUUUCACUAUUGGGAACAUGUGGGGGCUAUGCAACAUUGACAAAAGGACAAAUGCGUUCAAGAUGGGGGAUUUCAUUACUUUUAAUUUUGGUGCAUACUCCAUAUAUAUUUUAUGUUCUCGAUUAUUUAAAUUAAUUAAGUUAAAUUAGCAAAAGUUUUAAAUGAAAAUCUUAAGGAAUACCCUCUAAUCAUAGGAUUAAGUUAUUGCCCAUUGUCUCCCCUGGACUAUGUUUUCCCAUAAUAAAAAUGAGAAAAAAGUUUUGUCUUUUUACUUAUACUUUCAGCUGUAAAUACCUACUUAAUACAGUUUUUGUUACUUUAUAGAACACUGUUCAAACUUAAUGUUAUUUGUUACUACUGCAUUUGACCGGUCAAAUUCUAAACACAGUUUAUCAUUGUGGAUGAGUUUCAGUUUUACAUUUGGCAAUUCGCUCAUCUCUUAUAGCAAUUAAAACAAAGAAAAUUUAAUAGAUAAACAAAUUUGUAGGUUUUAAUGGAAUGUCUGCAACUGUUUCAGCUGAUGACAAGACAGUGCAGAUGGUUUCAUGACGUACGUGUCACUGCCAAACAUUUUCUCAUUUGGAAGGAGAGAUUAUCCGUGAAAAGUGAAGAAAUGGGGAAAACCCAACUUGCACUGUGGCAAUGGAGUUUGGUUUUGCAAAGAAAAGUAAAUAUUCUGUUACCAUUAAUUCUGAAUAAGAUAAUCAUUUUUAAUUAAGCUGUUACUCACAAGUAUGGAGCCAACACGAUUGAGGUCAAGCUAAUGUGAAAAUGUCAUUUUUACCUACUGUUCAUUUCUGCUGUUAGCACUUUUCUAUAUAAAUGAAAGCUUUAGCCUGGACAUUUUUAGACCAAAAGAAUGAAAACAUUUUAUUUCAAAAUCUGACAUAGUCUAUGCAUUGUGGCCAACUAUGUUUUUCUUGAAAUAUAAUUAUUCAGGUGUUGGUAGCAUGGCAAGUCUACAUUGUGCAACGUAAGCACAAAAAGUCUAGACUGGCAGAAGCAGCUUUCCUAUGGAGACAGAAUUUGUUACGUAAGGCUUGUGUCCAAUGGUUGGCCACAGCUGACAGUUUAUCACAUAUGAGAUCUGUUAUGGCUGUGAGACAUCAAGCCAAGUCUGUUUUUGACAGUUUCCAGUUGGUUCAAAGAUGUGGGUUACACUGGAAGGUUUGGGCUAAAAGAAGAGCAAGUAACCAAAGGACUUUGGCAAUCAGAGAAAAGUCAACCACUGCCAUUGCAAAUGGGCAGCUAGAGAAAAACCCAAACCAGUUUCCUAUCACUAGCCACAUAUAUCCUAGAAGUAAUGAUCAUCAGGCUUACUGUGGUAAACUUGUUCUUAUACCUGAGCCAGCUGUCUCUCCUGUCAGACCACCAAACACUGAAAGAUUUCAAGGUCACUUAGGGUAUGUAUUUUUUAAGUCCUUUAUUGCUUUUGUUUGUGGCUGGCUAGCAAAAUCUUCAGACGAGUAAUUGACCCACUUCCUGUCAACCUAUUGAGCUGACACUUGGCAUAUAGACUUAAUUCUGAUGACAACAUAUUCUUUCAAAUUUUCAACCCCACCCCUUAACAAUCAGUUUUUCCUGUUUUUAAGGGGAAGAUGAAGGAAAUAUGAUGACGCUGGUUUCAGAAUAUAAAAUUCCAGAAAACUGCACUAAAUAAGAUUCUUUUUAAAAAAAAUAUUGCAAAUGUGUUUGGUGCGUAAUAUUUUCUUUUGUUUUUCUGUGAUAGCUUGUGAAAUAAAUCUGCAGUGUAAAAGCGGAUGGAUCGUUAGAAUAUUAAUAUAGCUCAUGGUCGUGAAAAAAGUUGCAGUUGCGAGCCUUGGUGGUGGAGGAGCACUAAUUGGGAUUCUUAUAAGUACAUUACUGGUACUUGUAUGCAAGUUUUGUCAAAUUUUCAGCCCCAACCCCCACAAUCUUUGAUAGUUCAUUUUAUAUAGGAUUUAUACACAAAACUUUAUUUUUAGGGGUAGUUUAAUUUAUUUGUGACUUUCUAAAUUUCCUAUUUACCUUAACAGGCAUAUACAUAUUUAAUUUUUUUUUAAUUUAAUUAAAAAAAGAAAAAAAAAAAUUAUAAAAAAAAAAAAAAAAAAAAAGGGGGGGUUUACUUAUUUGCCAGACUCCGAAAUUUUAUUGGCCAGUUGUAAUCAUGACUAAACUCAAUGUGACUGACAGCACUGAGCACAUUAUGGAUCACAGCAUCAAGUUCUCUCACUUUUCCAUAUGAGGAACAUUUAUGUUUAGUAAAAAUAUGAGUAAUCUCCCCCACCCCCUUUCAAGGUAAAUAGGGCAACCAUGUCCCAAAUUCUUGGUGUGUGGCACCACAAGCCUGGGGGAGUAAGAGAAAUAUGCAGAAAAUUCAAUAAACAAAAUUUACUAAAAUCUUUAACAUUUAUAUCAUGCUAUGUUCUGCAACCAUUUUGUCAAAAUGCAUCUAAAAAAUAUACUAUAUAUUAUUAAUAAGUGUUUGGAUUGUUUUGCAGCAAUAUAAUUAUAAGUAAGGUCAAACUAAUCAAAAUAAUGGAUUGUUGCUGACAGGCUCAAUGUGGGAAGAUAGAUUUCCCUGUCUUUUAUGCAAAAUCUUGUACAUUUUCUUUAAAGAAAGUAGUGAAAAUUUAUGUUUUUUUUCAUGCACCUCUCCAUCCAGUAAUUUUGUCAAGUCUAAACAGCGACCUAAACCCAAACGGCCAUCAUUUUUAGUUGAUUCUCUCAAACGUGCAGGUCUGUGUAUGGAUGCUCAAGAGAGGUGAAUUUACUGGGAUGUCUAGAUAUCAUCAUUAUUUUACAUCUUCUUUGGGUCAUUACUAUUCUAAUAUUUUGUCAAAAUAAACUUCUGAGUGCCUACUUACUCUUGAUGCAAUUUUGUAGUGUUCAUUUUGAAGUUGAUAUAUUUUAAAUGUUAUAAUUGAAGUUUAUUCUGGUAAUAUUUGAGUUUUUUGUAUAGAUUAUAGGAGUUUUAGUGAACACAUUUGCAAGUUGGUCAUAAUGCAGUUGACUGAAAAAUUCAGAACAUAAAUUGUCAUUACAUGUUGCCCUAUCAAGUAUAUGUCGAAAUUAUUGUACUCUAUAAAUCUUUUAUAUCUAGUAGAGACCUAGAGGUAUGUGGAAUGUCAGAUGUCCAUGCAUCAAGGAAUCAAUUCCAUGAUAUUGCUUUGCACCAAGAACAUAUUGAUGAGAAUGGCUCUGAUGUCAGUAUUUCAUCAUUGGGUCCAAGGUCCAAAUUAGUUCAUGUGAGUAUAGAAUAAUCUACAAAGAUUUUUCAACGAAAAUGCAUUAAAAAUUAAAAAAAUUGUUUUGUUAAGAACUCAUAAAAGAUGAGAAAUAUUUAAAACUUAAUUGUUUUUUUAUUGUUGUUUGUAACAUAAAAUGACUUUGAUGCAUGAAAUAUUUUAUUUUUUUCUUUAGGAAGAAGAGUCCAGCAAAGAUCCAUUUUUCACCAUUAGUCAUACAAAAUCCUUAAAACUGGGACCUCGGUUUUCAUCAUUGCCCAUAAGCAAUAGUAUAACAGAGCAAGGUCCCAGUGAUUAUCAAAAAGAUUUGAGAUUAUCAGGUCAUACACAUACACAAGGCCCUGAGAAUAUACUCCUUGAACAAACAGUUAAGAUUCAACAAGAGAGUUCUGUUCAAGUGACCCCCAUACAAUUGACCCCCAUAGUUCUUCUUAAACCUGAGGAUUUUAUGACUAAACCAGCAUGCCCCAGCAAACCUAAUGAAAUUCUCGACCUGAGAAAUGAGUUAAUUGUAAGGUAUGAACCAACAGCCUUACAAGAUAACGUGCAUGACGUGGUGGAUUUUUUGUCAAAAUUAUCAGACACUUCACAUACUGAAUCUUUGUCAAGCCUUGAUUCUGAGAAAGAAAAUGUAAUGCCUCACAAAACAAAACUAUGCAACCAAAAAGUGAGAGAUGUAGAUGGAGAUCUGUCUUCAUUAGGCCGUGCCAGUGAGAAUCUUUUAUUUGUGAGUAACAAUUAUUCAAGUCCAGAAGAGGAAAUUUUCAGUAUUAGAGACAGACUCAAGCAUUUUCACCAACAGAAACAGAAACUCAGGUCAGCUUAGUCAAAUAUACUUCAAAAUAAAUAUUUUUUUUUCAAUGAGUGGCGAAACAUUUAUAGUAUUUAUGCACCUUAUAAUUUAAAUUUACAAAUAAUCUCUCAAUAUAUGUCAUAUAUAUUGAAUUUUGAAGAGCUGAGUUUAUUUACAAGACAUUUGAGAACUCUUCAGCAUUUAACUGCAUUUAUUUCUCAGUUCUAAUUACCUUUUAUUAUACUUAUAGUACUGACAAACUUGAUACAUAGGAUAUCAGUUCAGGAAGCUUAGUUAAAAUUAAACUGAUGGGCAGUGUAGGACCCCCCCCCCUCCUCCCCCUAAAAAAAGACAGGGUGGCAAAAUAUAUACUGCUUGGGGGAGGGUACACCACUUUAGUUUGGCAAUUUGAUUUUUUAUUAUACUUAUAGUACUGACAAACUUGAUACAUAGGAUAUCAGUUCAGGAAGCUUAGUUAAAAUUAAACUGAUGGGCAGUGUAGGACCCCCCCCCCCCUCCUCCCCCUAAAAAAAGACAGGGUGGCAAAAUAUAUACUGCUUGGGGGAGGGUACACCACUUUAGUUUGGCAAUUUGAUAAGAAAACUUUAAGCUAUUAAAGAAAGUUUCAGGAUGAUGUUUCAAGCCUGUUUAAUCAAGUUACAAAUAGGAUGUGUAAUUUUCUUUUUUACAUCCUUACAUUGCUGUGGCUAUCAAUAAAAAAAAACUCACUAACUAUAAAUCAAUCUAUUUAUAGUAUUUGAAUGCUCUAAUUCUUGUAGGGCUCUACGAAAACAACAUAAACAACUUUCCCAUUGGCUUAGAGACCAAGAGCAUUUGGGGAACAAAGAGGAUGAAGAUUGUAAAAAUGCUGUGCAAGAGUUAGAAAUGGUGAGUGUUUUUUUUUACUGAGGCGGGUUUGCCAUCGUUUCAAUUUUUACUGCUUUUAUAUUUUUAGUUUAAUAUAUUAUAUUUUAUAGCAUUAUAAAAUGAUAAGUCUUAGCGCAUGUUAUAGCAUUAUAUUAUUUACAUAUUGUGGUGAUGUAAUCUAGCAUUGUGUUAUUUUACAUUAGUGUAUAAUCGUUCACUAAUUUUACACUAUAUUUCAAAAUGUUGAUACUUAUAUUGUAAGUUUAUGACAUAAUAAUGCUUUAUAUUUAUUAUAUCCAAUUGAUAUUUUUAAAACUUAUUUAAAGUUAAAGCCAUAAAUAUUUAAUGUUUGAAUUAGAAGCAAUGCAGACAUGUGAUAGUUUUUCCACAUAUUAUAAAAUGUGGUUAAUAGGCCAGGGAGUCAUAGACUGUUGUAACCUAAACUAAUGUAGGACUUUGUGGCAACAAAUAAAUGAAGUUAUUGAUGCUUUCUUCAAAUUUUCUCUUUGUAUUUUAACAUUUAUUUGAGUUAUAAACAAUGAGGAUUUAAAAAAAAAUAUUGAAAAUUACUCAUUGCCAGAAUAAUCUAAGUCUAAAUAAUAGUCAUCUAUUUAUCUUACCAAAUAUUCACCUAAAUCUUACCAUUAUAAAUUAGAGAUUAGCAAAGAAAAAGUGUGGGGUGUCAAGAUUCGCAAUGCAUUUUGAUAAAGGUGUAAAAUAAAUGGGACAAAAAAAUUUUCAUGUGGUUUGUAGAACCCACCUUAUGUCAUUUUUUUAAAGAUUAACAUUACAAUAAGGUGGUUUGUUAAAUUAAAUACUAGCCAAUAUAAAUAUAACCUGGAUUUUCUCUGGUUUGUAUAUGGAAAAAAAAAUAUUCUAAAACAUUAUUAGCGUACAUGUAAAUUUAGAGGCCUUUCAAAACACUUUGCUUAAGUACCAAUAGAAAUAAUAACUUGUAAACAUUGAAUUUGGGGCCGAUCCCAUUUCAGUUAAUAUUUAAGCUGAGCACAGCCAAAAAACAUGAUUUAAAGGCAAAUCUAAUGUAUAAAAGAUGCCCUUUUAAAAAAAGAUAUUCAUCAAUGCCUAAGCUGUGGCCGUUUAUCGAUUAAUAUAAAAUAGGAUCCCCAUUACAAAAGGGGCCAUUUUAGUUAUCCCUAUAAUAGGGCACUAUAUAAAAAUCAUUCAGAUGAAUAUUCAAGUUAAUUUUUUAAAGUUAGUCCAUUAGAAUGGGAAGGGAUUUUCAAAGAUGUUGCCUUUAAAAUUCUUACCAUUGGGGCCUUGGGUGCCAAAAUAACAAAACCUUUAAUAUUUUAGGUUGGAUGAUAAACAAACUUUAAUUUUAAAAUUAUCCCAUUAAAAUGCCAUAGACAAAGCUACUGUACGAAAAAUAUAUUGUAAAAUGUCCUAUUCUCAUUUGAAGCUUUUUCAAAACUAAAAAAAUGUGAUUUCUUAACAUUUGAGGGAAAAUCAUAGAGACGUAGAAACAUAAGAAAAAUAAAAAGGAAAUUUAUAUAAUCUGAAAAUUAAAAUUCUUUUUUAUGUAAUCAUUAUUUCAAUACUAAAUUUUCUAAAGCAAAAUUGUGUAACACAUUUUAUAAUGUAACUUUUUUAAUAAUCACUAUUUAAGAAAGGGACCCUCCAUAAUUCAUCAGAUAACUAGUCAAGUUAAAAAUUUUAAGGUUGUCCCAUUAAAAUCUGUUGAAAUAUGUAAGAGCUAUAGCGAAUAUAAGGAAAAGAAAAUUAGUGUUCCUGUCCCCAAAAUUGGUGAUUAUUAUGAGUUCAAAACUCUCCAAUUUUCAAUAUAUAUUUUAAAGUGCAUUUUUAUAAUUUUAGUUAAGACCUAUCCAUUAAUUGUAAUUUUAUUUAUAUACCUCAUAUAAAGAAUAAAUGAAAUUUGGGCCCCCAACCCUGAAUGUUAUAUUAAAAAAAAAAACACCAUCAACAUUUCCUUCUGGAUAAUGAAGUGUAAUAACAAUGUAUCCAAAGUUUGAUCAAGAUCCAUUAAUCCAUGUAAAAAUGCAUGCAGUACAAACAGACACAUUUUCUCAUGUAUAUAGUAGAUACAUAUUAUACCAGAAAGAUACAUGGAUAAACAUUUGAGAUUUUUAAAAAAAAUAUUGUUUUUUAAGGCAUACAACUAAUUAAAAUUAACAUUUACAAAACAUAUUUAUGAAUGAAUACCGUUGUGACGUUAAUUGUUUUUUCAUAGUUCAGUGUUAUGCACAGUUUUUAACUUUAACACCACCAUGUCAUUAUCUGGUGUCAGUAAAAAAUCUAGACAGAAACUUAUUGUGUGUGGCAUUUAAGAAGCUUAUAAUAAUGUACAAGAUGUAAAUAGUUAAAUAAAGGGAAAUCUAUUAAGGACUGAAAUUGCUCACAUUGUGCCUUCGAGAUAUAUCUAUACCGGUACUCAUAAAAUGCACCCAUCCAUAUUUUUGUUGUAGUUUUACUAAAUGCUGAUUUGGCGCUCAUUCACAAACUAGAGAUUCUUCCUUCCACAAACAUUACUACAUUACGUUGGUAAUAAAAUUAAUAAUCUGAUAGAAUCAACUGGACUUUAAACCCCUAGGUAUGCCUAGGCACCCAUUAUGCAUGCUCCUGAACUAUGUGAUAAUUCUGUUCUAAUGUUCAACCCCCUUAUUCCAUGAAUGAACUGUAGUUCCUUAAAAUGGUACAAAACAUAUUUCAAAAUUUUUAAAGAAUUUAAUUGUUUUAAACAACUAACCUUUGGUGAAAAAAACUAUUUCAAAUAUUUUUUUAAAGCAAACUGUUCUUGCGAACAUAGAAUAUAAAGCUUUAUUUAAAUUGCGUGCACAAAGAAAAGUGCACCGAAAGCAUUCCUUUAACAGAUGUUUGAAAGCGCACUGCUCUGAAUAAAGGUUUAUUCAAAAAGUGCCCACCAAAAAUAAAGUGAACAUCCCUGGAAGCCAUUUGAAAGUAAUAUUUACUUGACUAUUACCCUCUACAUUUUACGAGUUUUUAAUUAUAACUUUUGGGACUAGAGGAUUUACCUUUCUGGAACACUCUAUAGGUCUGAAGGAAUGACCAUGUCCAAUUUGGUUGCAAUCCAUUGUUUAGUUUUCUUCUUGUUACUACUCGACCCAUUAACAAACAAACAAACAUAGCCACACAGAGAUUAUAUUGCAGAUAAAUAAUGCUAUUCAAUUUUCAUAUUUUGUUUCAGCUGAAACUAGAGAGGACAGAACUUCAUUCUGUGAUUGAGAGCCAGAGGCCAGCUUGUGAGAUAUUAGUUCAACAAGCACAGACUUUAGCCAAGAAAUUUCAUCAUCUCUGACACAAAAAAUGACAUUGAUUAUAUUAGUAUUAGUCUAGACUAAUUACAUUUUAUGACAGCAUUAAAAUAUAUAAAGAUAUUUAUUAAAAUAUAUAUUGCAUAUAUUUUGUGUAAAACAAAUUGUUAUU